UUUUGUUUUUCAAACUCUAGGCAACACAGAUAAGGAACCCACCCCACCUGCUGAACUCAGUUCAACGAAUUAGCAAAUGGCGAACCUCAGGACGGCUAUGGAUUCAGCAUUCUGGGACCAACCCGUUGCUUCUCCAAAAACCCUAGAAGGGUGUGCCCGCUCCAUCCCCGGCGACCCAUUCCCCUUGGACGCCACUAGAGCCAGCCGAGCCCUUAGGAUUCAACAGCUUUCCCUAUUAGGAAAUGGCUUCCCUCUCGGUAUCAUUCCCUCUUACUGUUCCACCUCUAACAAGGACCUUGGCUCUUUCUCUCUUCAGUCCGUCUUGCUUAAACUUGCCACCUCUAACUGCUGGCUGGGAUUAAUCGGGCAGCUUCGACCAAAGAAAUUGAUUUCUUCAAUCAAAACUGAAUUUUCUAAUGCUGAGAAACUUGAAUUCUCUGUAUUUAAGGAUGCGGCAAAACAUUUCCUGGAUAAAUCACUCUAUUCUAUUGGUUUAUCCUCACAGUUUUCUCCAACUCCCUCUUGUUCUGUGUUGCUUAGCACUGAACGGCAUGGUGAGAAGACGAAACCUCGGUACAAGAUGAUGCUCUUUCAACAGCUUCCUUCUCAUGAUAUAACUUUGGAGGCUGCAUGGCCUGAGCUAUUUAUUGACCAUAAAGGUGGAUAUUGGGAUGUUCCUGAGUCAAUAUCCUUAGAUAUGUCUUCACUUGUCUCUGAAUCUGGCUUCCGGUACCGUUUUGGGGUACACAAAAGCAAUGGUCAUCCAAAGGCUGUUGAUGGCAUAAAUGAUGAGCCACCUCUUGCUUUGAUGCCUGGAUUAUGUGGAAAGGCUUCCUUUUCUUAUGAGAAGAGCAAGGAUUUCUGGAGGAAGAAACAGUCUCGAAAGGACGUCAUGAUAACACUGGAUGACGGUUGCAUUUUGUAUCCCUCAUAUGAUGUGCGCCUUAGUGAACCUCAUUCAGCCAUAUCUGCAACUGUUGGUGGCUCCUGUGCGGCAUGGUUCAGGGGCUGGGGGAACUCAGCAUCUGCAGAUGGGGAAAUCUCAACAAGUACAAGGAAGAGAAGUCCAUUCAGUGCUGAUUUGUUUGGUUCAAUUUGCUAUUCUUUCCAACACGGGCAGUUCAUAGAGCUAUACAGAGAUCUAACUAGAGUGGAUGCCCGCCUGGACAUAUGCUCAGCUUUUGCUGUUACUGAAAGGGCUUUCAAUCUUUUCCGGAGGUCUUCAGUUAGUAGUGCAAACAAUCCGUUGUCAUCUCCUAGGCUGAAUUUAACUCUUCAACAGCAGGUUGCUGGCCCAAUAAUCUUCCGAGUGGAUUCGAGAUUUUCGCUUGGUUCUACAUCAGGGCAACAAGGUCCACAUGUGGAGGAUCUCAUAUACAGUUUGAGUUAUUCAUUGAGGCUUCUACGCUCUGGGAAGGUUGUUGCUUGGUAUUCUCCAAAAAGAAAAGAAGGAAUGAUUGAAUUGCGGUUAUUUGAGUUUUGAACCACGUCUUUUUAUUAUGGCGAACGCUUAUUUUGCCUGAAAUACUCGUAAAUUUUUGCCUUAGAAAUUUCAUUGCACAAGAAAUCAUGCAUCUCUUUUUGCUUCUGAACGUGAUGGAUUUUUAGUCUUGACAUUAUUGUUUCACAUCUUUUGCGUUCAACUUCUAGGAGUUCUUGUUCUCUCAA